AUGAUUGGCAGCUUGGCGAGUCGUAAGCAGCGACAGCCGGGCCAAGGCCGGAGGCUCGUUGGCGUCGAGACCUCGGACCUCAAUCCACAAAGGUUCGGACAGUUGAUCCUGAGCGGCCGAGGAACCUUCAACUCCCUCCCAUCUCCCAUUCAGUGUGAUCUGCAAAUGACGUCUAUGUACCAGCACCUCAUCUCUAGCGCAACGCCAAGUAAUCGAGCUGGCGUUCGGAACAUUGUUUUCGCACAAGCAUGCAUUUGGUUUGGGACCGAUAGGUACCAGGUUGUUGAUACCUGUAUGGGGGUACCGGUGGGUGCCAUUCAGAUACACACAAAUCUUGGCUCAUGGCUAAAUUUCCUACGGCUAUUUCACCUGGAUGGAGAGGCGACGGAAAAAGGCAUCUAUCUGCAAAGACACUACAUCGACUGUCUGUAG